CGACAUUCCGCCUCCGACUCCUUUUCUCCGGCGCUACAGCAUCGAUCGUUAAUGUACUCCGGGGUAAUGGGGUAGUUUGUAUACAAUAUUGACAAACAAGCUUGUUGAAUGUGGCUUUCAACAACGCACUCGUCCUCAUGAGGGCCUGGACAGGAUGAGCUAUUGGACCAUAUGUGGAUCCACAUUCACAGCAACAACUGGGAGAUCAUCCAGUUUAUUACUCUUGGUGAAGCAACAUUUAGCUUUUAUGCUCCACACAAAUAGAAUAAGUUUCCAACAGAAGUGACACUAGUCCCAAGUGAGAAUGUUUUAAGUCUAGCAGCAUCCAGCUCCAGCGACGGCCGAGCCUUAGUCGAUCUCCGCCGGCGCUUUACCAACAACCAACCACAGCGUCAUCCCACUUCCGCACCAGCGACGGCCGAGCCUCAGUCGACCUUUGCCGGCGCUUCGCCGACAACCAAGCUGCAUCGCUAUCCUGCUCCAGGGACGGCCGAGCCUCACCCAACCUCCGCCGGUGCUUCGCCACCAACCAAGCCACAACGGCAACUUCCCCCGACGCUUUGUCAGCUCAGUCAGCAGCGGGCUCCAAGGCGAUGAUCUUUGAAAUUAUGGAUCUUAUGGACAGGAUUCAGCGACAAUUGAACAUUCUCGUCCCAGGAUGGCCACAGCGGUUUCGAGUCCAUGCGGCGGAGAAAAUCAACCCGCAGUCAAGCCAAGCCCACGUCGCGGUGGCGACUAACCCGCUACCAAGCCAACCCCACAUCGCAGUAGCAACCGACCCCGCUACCGAGCCAAGUCCACGUCACGGUGGCAACUGACUUCCUGGUGAACCACGCUCACGCUGCAGUAGCAACUGACCUGCUACCAAGUCAAGUCCACGUCGGGUCAGUUGCCACCCCACAUCCACAUUGCAGUGGCGACAGACUAAAUGGCGAACCACGCCAGAGAUCCGCUAUGGAGCCAGGCCCACGUUGCGGUGGCAACAGACCCACUGCCACGCUACAUCCACGUCGCGGUGGCAACAGACUUCCAAGUGAACCAUGUUCCUUUGAACCACGUUCCUGUCCAGGCAGCGGUGACAGCUCGUCGACCGCCCCCCGUUCCUCUCCAGGCGGCGGUGAAGGCCUGUUGGCCGCUCCAUGUUCCGGUCCAGGCGGCGAAGGCUUGUCGUCUGGCCCACAUUCUUGUUUAGGCUCCGGCGAAGGCUCGGCCACCCGACAUUCCUGUCAAGGCGGUGGGUCAUCAGCCGCCCCACGUUCCUGUCCAGGCGGCUGCGACGGCUCGUUGGCCGCCCCACGUUCCUGCCCCGGCGGUGGCGACAUCACAGUCCUCUUCGUUUCAGGACCGGCGGCGACAGGUAUUUGGCAGGUCUUACAUUCCUGCUUCGACGGCGAGGUGUCCUCAGCUGCCCGCCACUCCUGCUUAGACAGCGACCUGUCCUUGGCUGUCCCCCGCUCCUGUCUCGACCGCGACCAGCACGCGGCAGCCUCACUCUCCUGUCUCGAUAGCAACAGCGACAGGUAUACGGCCGCCUCACGCCCUUGUCUCGAUGGUGGCCAUCUCCCUCUCCUGCUUCAAUGGUACCCGGCUGCCUCACGACUAGAACUCGGCAGCGACGAAUCCCCAGCCACCUCACGACCACGUCCUGGGAGGUCUUCAUCCGGAACCGUUGCCUGCUCCUGUCUGGCUUCUGCUUCGCCUUUGGGUUCCUCCUCGUGGACUUCCUACCAACUCACCACGUAGGGUCCCUGGUGUGUGCUGUUUUGCCCGACCUCCUGACCUGCUUGGUCGGAUGCCUCGUUUUGGGUGGCCUGGAAGGGGUUUGUGCCCUCCCCCG